UGCCUAACUCAGGGCUGUCGUCAAACCCGCGCGGAAAGUGACAAUCCGAUGGCGAUUGACAUGCAAUUUAUCAGAUAUUAUUGUAUAUAGUAAGUUCAUUGUUCAAUUAAUGUACUUUUCAUAUACCAAAUGAAUGCAACUUCCUCCCAGCUCUAAAGAUCUUGACAGACCUUAAUAUCGAGAUACCGAUUGUUUGAUUUUAGUCUUUUUUCCUUGCAUGGCGGAAGCAACCGGCGGAAACUGACAGAGUUCCUGAUACAAAGUUAUGAUGGACGAAAAGUCAAAGGGAUGCCCAAUGGCAAACAGUGAGCAGAGGACCAGCAUCAACACAGCUUGUGUAGACAAAUUUGCCAGAGAUGCAAAACGUAUGGAAACUGCUGAGUGUAGUACAGACAUAGACCAUGUGGAAGUUACUGAGCUUAGUAAAGACACUACUACUGAGGCCAGUACAGAUAAUGACUGUAUCAUGUCUGUUACAAACCGCGUAGAAAUCACUGACCACAAUAUAAACACUCGCUCUUUGGAAAUAAAUGAGCCCAGUACAGACACAGAUCAUGUGGAAAUGAAUGAGCCCAGUACAGAUACAGAUCAUGUGGAAAUGAAUGAGCCCAGUACAGACACAGAUCAUGUGGAAAUGAAUAAGCCCAGUACAGACACAGAUCAUGUGGAAAUGAAUGAGCCCAGUACAGACACAGACUGCCAGUGUCCUACAAUGCCAGAGGGCUGGCUGAAGGUACUCAAAGAAAGGAAAACUGGGAAGACAGCAGGAAAAAUUGAUGUUUAUUUAAUAAGUCCUCAGGGGCAAAAGUUCAGGUCAAAAUCAGCACUGAGAGCUUUUCUGCAAAAGAGCAAAGAUUUCAGUCUUAAAGUGGAAGAUUUUGACUUCACUUCACAUGGGAAUAGUACAGUGACAUCUAACGGUUCGAGAAGGGAAAGGAGCUUGAAACGUUUAAAGGGUACGUCUGAAAUCUCUGGCCAGGUGUCACCGGCUUUGCCUGUGGACAAGGAGAAAUGUUCUAGUGGAGAAGUCCAAUCCAAGGGCAGCAGGCCCAGAUCAGCAGGCAGAUGCAGUGGCAGUAAACAUUUAAAUCUAACACCUGAGACGCCACAGCUGACAGACUGCAGCAUGGGGAAUGCAGGGGAAGCUGAGAAAAGCAACAGCGAAAGAGGGCGUCUCUUCAUGGAGGUGCCUGGGCUGCCCGUGUACACCUGCACUAACAGCAUACAGAAAAAGACUCGGCUGACGGAGAAGCUGUUUAGGCUGACGUGCUCCAGCCAGCAGAAGGACAGUGGGUGUGCGGAAGCUCAGAGCCAUCGUUCAGAACUGAGCCCUUCCCGAGAUCGUGCAGUUUCAACCGGUGAUGUACAUCCUGAGUUUGUUAGCGACCCUGACACGCAAACAGAGGCUGAAUCUGCAUCAGGAUUGUUGCAUGAAAAGUUGCUGUCAACCCCUACGGCCACCAGGGGGAGCUUAACACCGAAGAAGCUACCUGAGAGCUGUCCUGGAUUAAGGACUGUGACAGACCGAAAGAGAAGCCCCUACUUCAGCGGAAAGUCCAUUAGAGAUGCACCGACCCCCCCCAGGCGCAAGGCCUUUAAGAAGUGGACCCCGCCACGAUCCCCAUUCUGCCUUGUGCAGGAGACUCUUUUCCAUGACCCUUGGAAGCUCCUGAUUGCCACCAUUUUUCUCAACAGGACAAGCGGUAAGAUGGCCAUCCCGAUGCUUUGGCAGUUUUUUGAACGUUAUCCUUCCCCUGAAGUGACCCGUGCAAGCGACUGGAAGCCCCUGGCAGAGCUGCUCCAGCCUUUAGGCUUGAAUGAACUAAGAGCUAAGACCAUCAUCAGGUUUUCUGAUGACUACUUAAACAAGCAGUGGCGUUAUCCCAUUGAGCUUCAUGGCAUUGGGAAGUAUGGCAAUGACUCCUAUAGGAUCUUCUGUGUUGAGGAGUGGAAGCAGGUCCAACCUCAAGAUCACAAACUGAACAAGUACCACGCGUGGCUGUGGGAGAACCAUAAAAAGCUGGGAAUUUGAACUUCGAUGGAACCCCGUAGAAUCAUUCAACAUAUAUACUUAACAUUUAACAAAUGUAUGUGUUUUAAAAAGUACAGGUUUUUAUCAAUGAAAUAAUGGCUCUAUAAAUCAUAUUACUUUGCUUCUUUUUUGUUGGAUGAAAAAUUUUAAAGGUUUGCUGAAAUAUAUAUAGCAUUAAUAAAGUGUGUUUUAAUAUUUUAGCAUGCUUUUAUUCUUUAGGAUGCAUUUUUUGUAGUUAAUAAUGACAGUUCAGAGUCGGAUUGGUAGUUUGUAAGAAGGCAGAGCCAGUCAGAUGCCAUCCAAUCCAGUGAUGUAUUCCUCGUGGAAUUUCAUUCAAGUUUUUGUGUCACAAAUCA